GCAAAAAUGCAGACUUCAGCUAAAAAAUCAACUGACUCACUCAAGAAAGACACCAGAAAAACAAAGGAUGAAUCGCCAAAACCGACACAAGAUGAGAAAACAAAAUACGGUACUGCAACCCCAAGAAAUUUCGUGCAAAAAUCGUCUACAGCCGACAUAUACGGGCAAAAGAAAAGAAUUACCUCCUCAACUAUGAAAGCACCUAAAAAAUCUCUAACAACUUCAUACAACGCCAACACCGCAUCGCCAAUGGCUAAUCUCCUAAAAUCAACAUCAUCUACCAAUGAGCUCAACCCAGAAAGAUCUAAAAAACUGACAAAAACUGUAGAAAAACCGUCCAGAUUAACUUCAACGCCUAGAAUAAGAGAUUUUACAGCCAACUCUCCGAUUGUCAAACGCAAAUUGAAUAUGGAUCUGAAAAAAGAACAUAGUUUUGUAAAAGAUAAUAAAGAUAGAGGUGUGGUUAAGGAAAAGGUAAAGAUUGAUAAGGAAAAGAUAGCAAAAGAUGGGCAGGAAAGGCAAAGAACAAAGACUAGGACUUUGGAUGAGAGUGAGGUGAAGAUUUUAACUGGUGUAGACAAUAAUGCGGAGAUGAUGAAUCUCUCAAAGCGGCUCAGUGCUAAGCCUAAAGCUUUUUAUAUUGAUUUAGAGGAUGAGAAACCUACGUCGAGUAAAAAAGUAAUGAAAGUACCAAGUGAUGAAGACAUAAGUUAUGAAGAUGACUUCGAGAGCUACGAGUCAGACUUCGAUUCCUAUCACAGUUCUGCAGGAGAACAGCAGGACAGUGGACCUGAUGAGAAGGAGCAUGAUGAUGAGGAGGCUGGUGAUGAUGGAGAGGAACCAGAGGGAACUAAGGAGGUUAAGGAUGAGGAGAGCAUGCUUGAUUCUGGUAACUUCGACCUCCGUGAACGUUCAGCUAACAAGUUAAAGCCAGUGGUACUGGACUUUAUCCUGGAGACUGCGGAAGGUGGGGAGAAGCCCAGCUCCUUAACUGACGAGGGGUUCCAGGAGAUGAGUAGUUCCAGUGCCGUGUCUAGCAUCAGGACUGUUCAUACUGAGGUUAUUGAGAGACCACUCUUCAUCGACUUUACAAAAUCAAAAGAGAAUCGACGUAAAAAGCCCUAUAAGUGAUUACUGAGACAACGCGCGAGGGAUAUAUUAAGCAUAAUCACACUGCAUGAAAUGUCAUAUAGUCUCUUUGAAAUGAAACCUAUUUCUUAUGACCUCUACAUGGCAACGUUUGGCAGAUCAAAUUACACUCAAAUCGCCGUACAAACCUUCGAAGAUGGAAUCACAGAAGAAAUACAGACAGAUGAAAUAGAAUCAGCUCAUAAAUGGACUCAGCAUCCAGUAGAGUUCACCAAACAUGACAUUUGUUUUAAACAGAAAGUUGUGAAUCGAAAAUAUAGCAAAAAUACAGAAGAUUACUUAACAAAAUUCACGUUUUUGACUGCAAAUAAUGUAAAUGUUGAACUUAAUAAUGAGAUUAACUCGGAUGAGAGCUACAAAAUGGAUCCGUUACGUAUUUAUUUCGAACAAAAACAUGGCGUCGGUCCCAAUGAAAUGUUGCCCUACGAAACUUAUAAAAGGAAAUUAAAAAACAACGAUUAUAAUUCCCACAGACUAGGCAAGUUUUUAAAGAGACACGAGAGUAGAAUUAGUAGUAUUCUGAACGCGAAUAAUGGCAACACUGAACUGUCAGAUUUGAAUAUUUCGAAUCUACCUUUUAGUAGAGGUUAUGUGUCAAUUUCUACGAAGAAUAUUACUGCAGAAUCUAUGUCAUUUUUGUCAAAAACGAAAAUAUCGAAAAUGUGCUUUUCGGAUACAAAUUCAAAUAUGCUAAUGACAGUGCACAGGACAGAUCAGAAUGCCGCGUUAAAGAAGUGUACGAUUUGUCUAUGGAACACCAGUGUUGCCCCUCAAGAGCCGUUAAAACUACUGACAGCUGUAGAUGACGUGUGUAAAGGAAGACUGCGAGGUAGCUCUGACGGAUACUUUGUGGGGGCUUUGGAUGAUGGUUCAGUACAUCUAUGGGAUUUGUCAGAGGAACCGACUUGGCGGGACGAUGUUGCCAGUGAAAUGGAACCUACCAAAUUGGUAGAAAUCAAUGAGAAGGGUCUGACAGAGGUAGAAAAAGAUCGCGAAUGGAAUAAAAAGAAUAGGAACACUGGUUUGGAAAAGCCCUGCAUACAUUGCGCGCUACAGUCGUGUGCCUAUACGAACAGUGCCUUCAACAUGAGCAAUGGAGAACUAACAGACCAUAUUGUCGGGUUGGAAGUGACUGGCGACGCGCAUUGUAUAGUCAGCCAGGAAGGGGGGCGCAGGAUUUUGGGUCAGGUUGUCAUCCUCCAAACCACAGGCGUGCUAUCAAUAUGGUGUAUAGUGCAACAAAAAUCUAAAACUAUACCACCAGACAUCGGCAAAGCAUUCUGGUCUAAGAUGAAACUAGAAAAACUACAAACUAUUACUCUAACUGACCACAUAGACGUACCAAUAAAAGACCAAAAUGGAGAUCCGAAACCAGAUUUCAAUCUACACGCGGCAAAACGCAGAAUAUUGAAUAGAAAACAAGAAAAAUCAAUAAUUAAAAAUGUCGUUUCCCGCCCAAAGUCCGCCAUGUCAAUAGACUUUGACAUUGACAGGCCGGCCAGUGCUGCCAGCGGGAAAAUUAAACGAGUGUUGUCAGUUGAAAAAAAUGUGUCGAAAAAUUGGGAGAAUGGUGUCGUGUGUCGUGAUUUAAAAGUUAUAAAAUGGAAGGAUAGGGAUUAUUAUUUGAUUGCAAAGAAUUGUGGUGAAGUGCUGUGUUGUAGGAGGAUCCUUGGUACCGUCAAAGUUAAUACUUUUUGUAUUGCAACUGACGCAUCAUCAGUGAAUUGUCUAGAGGUGUCUUCCCACCAGUUGCCUUACUUCCUGGCGGCCACUGACACUGGAACCAUCAGCGUUUGUUCUUUGCUAGAAAACAGGGUUCUACUUACUUUGGACUGCAGGAAUAUACAACCGAAAGACAUGGAGAAGUGUCACUCGGAUCACAAAGGACGCUACAUCGGCAGUAGCAGCGUUAGUAAGAGCUCCAGGAUAUCAGUAAUAUCACUAUCUUGGUCCCAUAUAAACCCGUGCUGCAUAUUCGCAUGUCUUCAAGAUGAGAGUGUUGUGCAGUGGGAACUAUCGUACAGUGACAUACAUGCGAAGUGGACGGGUGACGCCGUGGCAAGCGCUUGUAUAGCUGCCGAUAAUUCGCUUGCUCUCCUGACACCAGCAGGGGAGGUCAACGUGCACAGGCUGUCGAACGAACAAAGGACCAAAGAGUUUUUGUUACUCUUCGAAAAAUACCUCGCACUGUUGUAAAUUAAUAAUUUAUAUUAGUAUUUUACAAGUAACAUGCUAAAUAUAAUGUAAAUAUAUUUAUUUAUUUUUUAAGUUAGUUGUAAAAGAUAGGGAUUGCUAUAUUACACGACUCGUAGUAGAUGAGAUUCAUGGUUAUAAUAUAUGUUAGGACUAUAUUUCAUUAGGACGCCAUUGGCGAUGCAUCCAGUCACACCGCCACACAAAAAGUGUAUAAGCGGCGCAUUUUGUUGAAAGCUGUAUAGCUCUAUAGAUUACUCACCUGGUAUCCGCUUGGUUGCGCAACCAGCUAAAAGUCCUUUCCAUCAUCGAACCACAAGACAAUCGAUGAAGCGCCACCGCUUCAUGGUAGAUAUCCCACCCACUCGCACGAAGCGCUUCGCUUCAAGCUUUCUUAUGCGAACUGCUAAGGAGUGGAAUUCUUUGCCGAAGUCUGUGUUUCC